CGCGACCCAUCCCCACUACACCUACGGCACACGGUCAGAUCAAUGGUCAAGUCUACAAUUGUUGUGCGGGCAUCCGACGCCCUUCCGCUCGCGGCGACGGUCGACGACGAGCAGAUAGAGCAGGCUCUCCAAGAGCACAAGCAGCAGGCGAAGCUCAUCUUCAGGCGAAUCACCCCGAACGCAGAGCCGCGGUGUUCCAUCGAGAGUGGGCAAUAUACGUUGCAUUACCUGAUUGCAGACAACGUGGUGUAUUUGGUCAUUGCGGACAAGUCUUACCCGCGAAAGCUGGCAUUCUCAUAUCUCGACGAGCUCUCGAAAGAGUUUGCAGUGUCGUAUGGCGCGAAGGUAGACACCGUACGGAAGCCGUACGCCUUCGUUGGGUUCGAUACAUUCAUGGCCAAGACGACAAGGCUGUACCAAGAUACUCGAAACAUCAAUGCUUCCAACUCACCUCUGGACAAACUCAGCGAUGAGCUCCAAGACGUGACGCGCAUCAUGACCAAAAACAUGGAGGAACUUCUCUGGCGUGGUGAUUCCCUCGACCGCAUGUCUCAUCUAUCAACGUCCCUACGCUCGGAGUCGGAGAAGUACCGCAAAGCGGCGCGGAACAUCAAUAUCCAGGCGAUGCUUCGCCAGUACGCACCAAUAGGUGCCGUUGUCUUCAUCUUCAUUAUUCUGCUCUGGUGGAGGUUCUCAUGAUUGCCUGCCGUGUACGAUGUACAUACCCCCGC